AUGAGCAACCUCGUUAACGGGGUCAAGGUGUCGGGUGAGUGCAGCGACUCUGAGGAUGGGGACAUUCCGUCCCCGGGAAAGAGGAUGAAUGAUGACGCUGACGCGGCAGCCGAUGACCCGAACCGCGUUGUGACCGUCACUGCGCACGACGGCAAGUCGGGCCAGGAGAUGGCCAUCACGUACACCAACUACAAGGUUGUCGGCAACGGCUCCUUUGGUGUGGUCUUUGCCGCCAAGAUGCUUCCUACCAAGAUGGCCGACGGAACAGAGGUGGCAGAACAGGAGAUUGCGAUCAAGAAGGUGCUCCAGGACAAGCGGUUCAAGAACCGUGAGCUCCAGAUCAUGCGUCUGGUUGCGCACCCCAAUGUCGUCGACCUCAAGGCCUUUUUCUACUCGAACGGCGACAAGGUGGGUUUCCCUGGUGUUGUUAUGAGGGCCAGUGUCUCUAACUCGUUUACCCAGAAGGACGAGGUUUACCUGAACCUGGUGCUUGAAUACGUCCCGGAGACUGUCUACCGGUCGCUGCGCUACUACACCAAGCUCAAGCAGAUUGUGCCCAUGCUCCAGGUCAAGCUGUACAUGUACCAGCUGCUGCGCUCGCUGGCGUACAUCCACUCGGUCGGCAUCUGCCACCGUGACAUCAAGCCCCAGAACCUGCUGCUCAACCCCAACACUGGCAUCCUCAAGCUCUGUGACUUUGGCUCUGCCAAGAUCCUCGUUGCUGGUGAACCAAACGUCUCGUACAUUUGCUCGCGCUACUACCGCGCACCCGAGCUCAUCUUUGGCGCCACCAACUACACCACCAACAUUGACAUUUGGUCCACUGGCUGUGUCAUGGCAGAGCUCAUGCUGGGCCAGCCCCUCUUCCCCGGAGAGUCGGGUAUCGACCAGCUCGUCGAGAUCAUCAAGGUCCUCGGUACCCCAACCAGGGAGCAGAUCAAGACGAUGAACCCCAACUACAUGGAGCACAAGUUCCCCCAGAUCAAGCCCCACCCUUUCACCAAAGUGUUCCGUCCCCGCACCUCGGCCGAUGCCAUCGACCUCAUCUCCCACCUCCUAGAGUACACCCCUACUGCCCGUCUCACCGCACCCGAGGCGCUGGUUCACCAGUUCUUCGACGAGCUGCGACAGGAAGGGGCCCGCCUGCCCAACGGCAAGGACAUGCCAGCGCUGUUCAACUUCACCCGCGAGGAGCUCUCGACCCGCCCCGACCUCAUCCGCCGGCUCGUGCCCAAGCACGCCGAGGCCGAGCUCCACGCGCGCGGGAUCGACGUCGACGACUUUGUCCCCAUCCCCUUGGAGCAGCUGCGUAUCAGCCUGGACUAG